AUGAGUUUGUUAAAUAUCGUAACAAAUGCAAAAAAAGUAGCAGUGUACUUUAGACCAAUCUAUUUUAUCGUUGACUACGGCUCCAAUAUUUCUCCGAAUAGGCUUAUCGGAACAUCAAAAUUGGGAUCUAAAGCUUCAUCUCUAAACGAGUCGAGUUGUAUAGAAAUUAUUUAUGAAUAUCAAACUUUGAUUAAAAUUUAUAAGGUAAAUGAAAGAAAUAAUUUUACAGAUAAUGAAUGA